CAUAGACAAUCACGUCUUCUAGCUUGUCAUGACUAGCUAAGAAGACUGCCUCAGAGUUAAUAUUUGACUAAAGAAAGAAGGACUGGGACUGCCAUUGCUUUGCUUGUGUAUCUUGUGCUAUUGAGUUCUCACAGUUCCAGAGUAUAUUGACACUACACGAGAGGACUCACCAAAACAAUCGGUGCAAUGGAGGUCCUGGUUUUGUUAGAUUUUGAGGGGACGAUGGGGGAUGAGAUAACAAUGCAUGCGGGUGACGUGGUGAAGAACGUGACAGAGUCCAGUGAGAAGGGCUGGCUGGAAGGAGAACUUCGGGGAAAGAGAGGCAUCUUUCCUGAAAACUUUGUCAAGGAGGUGCCUGUUUACUUAAAAGGAGACAGUAAGAGGGAGCCACGAAGCAUAAGACAAUCAAAGACAAUGAAGGAGCAGUGCAGGAAAUGCGAAGUGACUUAUAACUUCACCCCACAACACCAAGAUGAACUUGAGCUAGUUGUCGGGGAGAUCAUAGAGAUCAUCAGAGAGAUUGAAGACGGGUGGUGGAUGGGGAAAAAAGGUGGAAAAAUAGGAGCAUUUCCUUCAAACUUUGUGAAAGAAAUUUUUGUCUGUCCAAAAGAUUUGAAGAGCAGAGCUAAACUCUCUGAGGCCAUCUUCAUGAAAGAGGGAACACAACAACAGAGAGCAAGUAUACGCAAAAAGACAAACAGUAAAGAAUGUUGCCAGGUCAUGUUCGACUACACGGCCAUUUCUGAGGAUGAGCUAGAUCUAAAGAAGGGAGAAAUUGUCACCAUCAUCAACAAGGUCACUGAGGAUGAGGGUUGGUGGGAAGGAGAACUGAACGGGAGAAGGGGCUUUUUCCCUGACAACUUCGCCAUGAUAAUCCCAAUGGAGGAUCUCCAAGAAAAAAGCCAACCACCGCUGAGACGUGGAACAUUAAAGCAUUCAGUAAAUCAAGCUCCUGGAAUGGAUAAAAUCAGCACUGAAGCAAACACAAAGACAGAAUCCAAAGAUGAGAAGUCAGAAGCCAAAGAUCUCAAAAGUGAUAUUCCUGGAAAAAUAAAGCUGCCUAGUCUUUUCAAAACCGCACCACCUCCCAUUAAAGACAAGCCACAAAAGCCUGUAUCCAAGCUAAGUGAUGACCAGCCUCCUGUCUCACCAAAGCCCACGGAUUGUAAGCCCAAAGAUUCAGACCAGUUUGAUGGAGUUGACGUGUCCUCUACUAAACUCAACCAUCCCACAGCCAACAGGGUCAAACCUCCACAGAGGAGACCGCCAACACACACACCUGCAUCCGGUGACACCAACCAAGCAUCAACAGAAACAAACGGAGCCGAUUCAAAGCUUCUAGUUCCUCCCAAGGCCACAGGAAAUAAUUUACCAUCAAACAACAAGGCUUCAGCACCUCAACAUUCCACUCAGACAGACACAAAACCCUCAGAGUUACCAACACUGACGCAGGUUCUAGCUGAACUGAAAGAACUGCGCAUGGAGAUGGAACUGUUCAAAACCCGACAUGAUACAGACAUGAAAGAGCUUAAAGACGAGCUCAAUGAUGAAAGGAGCAAACGGAUGAAAUUACAGGAUGAGGUGCAAGUGCUGAGGAGGCAGAAGUAAUUACAACUCAAUGAAGAUUUCAACUUGAGAUUGUGGUUUUAAUGUGGUGUGUUGCUCUCAAUGGAAUGCUGAAUCAGGAUUUCAUGACAGAGUGUGAGUUAAGACACAAUGCUGACUGACCUGGAGACGCACACAUCAGACCUCACAGCAGUUAAUUAUUCAGCCUUUCUGAAUUAUAUAUAUAUAUAUAUAUAUAUAUAUAUAUAUAUAUAUAUAUAUAUAUAUAAAAUUUAAAAUAGGGCAAACUUCAUUCUAAAGGAUCUCUAAACAGCAAUUAUUGGUUAUACGACAAGAUAAAUGUUCUCUUUCACAGAAUAUUUUUGUGACACCAAGACUUUUAUUUUGUGUGUGUAGAGUUGUGUUGCAUGUUACCAUGUACGCAUAUCAUUAUCUUUUUUGAAAACGUAUGUAAUGCUUUAAGGUUCACUCAACGAACAUUGUGUUGCACAUUAGUUAACAUUAACCGAGUUGAUUUUAAUUAAUAAACUUUUAUUCUCAAAAUGAUAUACACCUUAAUCAAUGCUAUCAUUAUUGAGUGAAAAUAACUAAUAUAAAUAAAACUGUCAUGAACCUGUUUGAGGAUGUUAAGUGACAACAUUAACAAUUGAGGCUAAAAAGCUAGUUAAUGAGCUAAUACAUAUUCUUGUAGACUUGUUCAGUUCAAGCACUAAUUGAUAUUGAAACAAUAUCAAAGCAAUAACAAAUCUCAGUUAAUAAGUUUGUUUACUUGCCUUGUAAUGUUCUUGACAUUACUUAUGGUUUAUCAGAGCUGAGGUUUAUAUUUUGAAAAUGUGAACCAAUGCAUUAAUGAUGUCAGUUAAGCGAACCUUUGAUGUGAAGUAUUUAUAUCAUUUUCUUUACAGUUUUAUAAGGUGGUAGAUGUUACAUCAGUGUAUUUCUCUAUAACAAAUGUGUAUAUAAUUAUAUGACACAGAAUUAUGAGACUAAUUUAAAGGCCAAGAUGCACUUGGCUGAAAAAAAGUUUCUUGCCUUGCUUUAGUUUAAACUGAGUUGUGUUACAGUUGUGACUAUUUAAUUGUGUACACCACAAAAGCUUGCUUAGGUUAAGGAUUAUGCUGCCUGUUGUUACAGAACUGCACUGUUACUUUAGGAUUUUCACUGUGACACUAGAGCUUCAUUAUUAAACUUGUGAGUUUAAGGUGAUGGAAUAAAAGUGGAUGUAUUAAAAUAACUAACGUGACCUGGCAUCAGCCAUGUAAUAUAUUUUAUUAAUUAAACUCAAAUUAUUUGGGUAAUUGGCAUGGUGGAACAGCGGCUAGCAUUGCUACCUCACAUAGACAGAGCUGCUGACUGCAUAGCGGUUUUUUUAGCUUCUUGUAAAUAUUUUUAAGUGCAAAAACUAGCAUGCCAUCACUGGAGUGAAAUUUGACUAGUAUUCCUGUUGUUGUUUUUUACGGUUUUCUGUGGCAAUGGGCCUGACUGCCUUGCUGUUCUCCUUCUGUUCAGCCUUCAUUGUGAGUGUUGCAGUUAAACUUGUGAUUGCAUACAUAUUCAUCUCCACUGGUGUCAAACUCAUAGAUUAGAUAUUUAGCCUCCUUAAGACAAUCAUUUUUGUACCAUAAAUAUAAGUAAUAUAUUUAAAUAUUGUGAUCUCCAUAAUAUUUAAAUUUUGAUUGUUUUUUUUAGAGCCAAAGCCUAAUUGAUACUUUGCCAGAAUUAUGUCCUUAUCUAUAUUAGCUAUAGUUUGUUGUGUAUGUGACAUAAUUGCACACAAAUGGGAUCCAGUCUAUUAAUUAUGCAACUUCAUAACUAUUACAUGCUUUAUUUGUAAACAAUUUUGCUAAUUGUGGGCUGUUUUGUGUAGAUUUAUGACAUAAUCCCACUUAAGUACAGUAUAUAUCAAUUCCAGUUUGUAACACAUGUAGAAAAAGGGGUGAAUACUUAUGUAGGGUGCUGUAGACAAUACAUAUAUGAUGCCCUGACAGAAUAUAUAUGAUGUCAUGCUUUAUUACAUUAAUUUAAUAUCAAUUAUUUACAUAGGACAAUGUCAUUUGCUGUUGAAUUGUUUAUGCAAUGCACAGUGAGCUAUCAGCAUUUACUACUUUUUUAUUAUACAACACUCGCAUACAAUCUAUAAAAUACCUCUUCUAAUAUAUCAAAAAUACUGUGUUAGUGUACCUGCUGACAGUCUAAUUAAAAUAGUCUCGUUUAUCUCAUUUAUCAGCACACUUCCUAACUGGCAUGCUGAUGAAUACUAAAUAUUGCAAAUGGACCACUGAGUUUAUAAUAUAUAAUUAUAUUAUAUAAUUAUUAUAUAAUAUAUUAUGUAAUUGGUAUAUAAUUUGAACAUUACGUACACUAUGUUUGCUUACUGACUUAGCUUCUUUUGUUGGUCGGCGUCUGUGCCGUAUAACAAAUCUACUUUAUUUAGCAAUUUAUUUAGGUAGUGCAAACUGGUCAACCAGUUGUUUUUUUACCUCAAGGGGGUGGUAUUUAUCAGUUAAUUCUGUGUUGUAUCAAGUAGUAGUGUAAAAGAUUCAGAUGUGAACACACCUCAGACAGAUAGGUAUUCCCACCUGGUACAUCUCAAAUGUGUCUUCAGUAUCUUCAGAUUUCAGAUCACAUUUCCUGACUAAAAGGGUUGACAGAUUUGCCAAAAGCAACUCAUUAUAACUCUAACUCUUCCAGAAACAAUCUCACUCUUAUAUUCCUCUUCAAACCUACAUCACUGUCAACAAUAAUGUAAAGAAAAGUAACAUGCAGCUCACACUACAAAUGUAAUGAUGUAAAUGUAAUAAAUAGCACACAUCCAAGUUAAUCUCUGCAAGAUCAUAAGCUGCAUAUGACCCUGUUCAGACCUGUGUUUAGUGUCGCCUGAGACAGAUAACAGUUAAUACCAGUUGUGAAAGAAGUCACAUUGUAGACCUUUUAUGUAGAUUCCCUUCAGUUUCUGGGACUGUUACAAUGUAUACAAUACAAUAUUACUGAUAUAUGGGACACUUCCCUGCAAGACCAGCAGAGGGCAACCCUGUACGUUUAAGUUAAAGUCUUCUUUGGUUCUAUAUUUUUUCCUUUUCUUUAUUUAUUGUGCUUUGCUUUUACUGAUUUAUCAUCUUAUUAAAGUUCCUGUUUUCACAA